GUUCAAUCAUAAGGAAGCCAUAUUUUCCCCCGGUAUUCAGUCAGAUGGGUGUAAAUCUAUACUAACCAUAUGCAAACAAUAAUUUAUCAAAAUGCGGUUAUUUGUUUUAGGGGGAGAAACGCCAAACAAUUGAGAACUACAUGUCCCAUGGUGUGUUGGUUAAUUUUUCCUGCACGCCGCCUCUCCCUCUGCCUGCGUGUUCCAAAGGAGGCUGUCAGGCUGAGUUCAGGGAAAACACAGUUUCCUAUCUGUCAAUCAUAAUUAGCAACCACAGGGAGUGAAACUGGGAGGAAGGUCGGUGAAACGCUACGUUUUUGGGUGAAAAGGCAUUGUACUUCCCGUGAAACAAUUAUGCUUCGGAAAGGAGAGGGAAAUAAGUAUCCUAGUGUGCUUAAAAAUAUUUGAUCUACUUUGGAAGGAAUUGCAUAAAAGCGCGUUCACUGAAAGCCAAACUCGGCGAGUUUCACUUGCAAGCAACUAUUCUGCUUGGAGUACGAAACAUAUCCAGAAGAAGGUAACCACGGACGCAGGACACUUUGGGAUUUAAUUUGGCUAUUUAACACACUUCUUGACAAAAGUGGUUGACACAUUUCAGAGGACUGUCUUAAAGUCGCUGUUGGUGAUUCGCAGCGCAGACUAGGAGGUUCACUCAAAACAAUCUCGGCCCAAACAUCCAGACGGCGAGGAAGAAAGGAGGAAAGAUGAGCGGGGGAGAUGUGGUGUGCUCUGGCUGGUUAAGAAAAUCUCCUCCAGAAAAAAAGUUGAGACGUUACGCAUGGAAGAAGCGGUGGUUUGUUCUCCGCAGCGGCCGUCUCUCGGGCGACCCAGACGUGCUGGAGUACUACAAGAAUGAUCACGCCAAGAAGCCCAUCCGCGUGAUCGACCUCAACCUGUGUGAACAGGUGGACGCAGGGCUCACGUUCAACAAGAAGGACCUGGAGCACAGCUUCAUCUUCGACAUCAAGACCAUCGACCGCGUCUUCUACCUGGUGGCCGACACGGAGGACGACAUGAACAAGUGGGUCCGCUACAUCUGUGACAUCUGCGGCUUCAACCCCACGGACGACGAAGCGGCAAAGGCUGCCCACCAGGCGGCCAGCGGUGGCUCUGUGGUGGACACGGCCCCUCACCCUGGCCUGGGGGGUCCUCCGGCCAUGCUGACCAACGUGCCUCCUCCCUACCAGCCGGUCAGCGUGCGCCACCUGGACUCGGAGUCCAGCCUGGACGAACCCCAGGACUACCUGUGGCUGGUCAACUGUGAGAGCAAGAAGCCAGAGCCCAACAGAGCCCACGCCGAGUGUUCCAAGUCAACCUCGUCAGAGACGGACCUGAACGACAACGUCCCCGCCCACCGCACGCCAACCUCCACUAGCUCCUCCUCUAAGCACGCCAACGGCUUCUUCUCCUCUGUCCUGCCCCCUCACCCCUCCUCUGCCUCCUCCAUCUAUGACUCUCCGCCUUCCCGCGGAGGCGACCUCUCCUCCAGCCUCUACCACCUCCCCCGCUCCUACUCCCAGGACACUGUGCUCCUUCCCAAGUCGGCCUCCGCCCCUCGCCCCCCCGUCCCGGUCGACGGCGACGCCCCGGAGCUCUAUGUCUUCAACACGCCCUCGCGGAAGCCCUCCAUGGAGACUCAGAUGAGAAACCUGUCGGUUAGCUACGAUAUUCCUCCCACACCAGGCAGUAACUGUACCUAUCAGGUGCCUCGAGGUCCAGCGAGUGGUGGGUCUGAGGGUGGGGAUGGGAUGCCUCCGCCCCGGCCCCCCAAGCCUUCCCUCAGCUCCCUGACCCCGGGGCACCCGCCGCCCCCCGCGGAGCGCUCGCCCACGGACACGUACUGCGUGCCGCGCUCCAUGUCGGAGACGGAUGGGAACUACUGCGUGCCCACCAGCGCCGGGAACAAGGCCCUGAGGAGCAACACCAUCGGCACCAUGGACUCCUCACGCCUCAGGAAAGAUUUGGGCUCCCAGGACUGUUACGAUAUCCCUCGGACGUUUCCCUCUGACAAGAGCUGCUCGUUUGACUUCAACGAAAGCUUCAACAGCUACUUGAAAAACAAAGGCAUGAUGCCAGUGGGCAGCCAGUCCAUGGAGGAAGUUGACCAGAACUACGUACCCAUGAGCGCCAACUCCCCGUCCCACCACCGCUCCGGCAGCCUGUCGGGCUGUGAACCCAUCAUGGAACCCAACUAUGUCCCCAUGACCCCGGGCCCGGGCACCUUAGAGUUCUCCCUGGGCAAGCAGGUUCCCCCGCCGGCCCACAUGGGGUUUCGCUCAAGCCCCAAUACCCCACCCCGCAGGCCCAUGCUCAUCAGCGAUUGUCAGCCCCCGCCCGUGGACCGCAACCUCAAACCGGACCGCAAAGGUCAGAGUCCUAAAAUAAUAAGAGCAAAGGGGGUUGGUUUAGAGCGAACCGACUCUCAGACCGUAGGGGAGUUCCCAAGACGACGCAAGGCCAAGCCCGCCCCUUUGGAGAUCAAGCCCCUACCUGAGUGGGAGGAGUCAUCGGCACCCGUCCGCUCGCCUGUCACCAGGUCUUUUGCUCGGGAUCCCUCCAGGUUCCCCAUGCCCCCCAGGCCUCCCUCGGUGCAUAGCACCGCCUCCAGCACCGACUCCGAGGACUGUGAUGAGAAUUAUGUAGCCAUGGUCUCUAAGGCAGACGAACUCAACAUGAAGCUGGGUGCGCCCAUGACGGCAGACGGGGGGAGCAGCCCAAUGGUGAAGCCCAAGGGAGACAAGCAGGUGGAGUACCUGGACCUAGACCUGGACCCCGGCAAGUCUACCCCACCACGGAAGAAGAAGAGUAAUGGGAUUGGUCUGGCGGUGUCAGAUGAGCGGGUGGACUACGUGGUGGUGGACCAGCAGCGGACGCAGGCCCUCAAGAGCACCCGGGAGGCCUGGAACGAUGGACGCCAGUCCACAGAGACAGACACCUCUACCAAAGGGCCCAAGUGACCCCCAGCUCACCCAGCUACAGCCCCACGCUGCUGGGCCGCAGACAUUACUCCAAGCCCGGGCUCGGGCCCCGGCCUUCACCUCCUCCAGACUCCUAGUGCUGAAGUGAAGGGGCUGGCGGACCACCAGGGCCGCUGAACUGUCUUUAGUUUACACUGCCAUCAGUCAGUCUGAGGACAGAACAGCGACAGCAAAGCGCCCCUCUGUGGCAGACAGGGGGUAUGUGCCAGGAAUAAGCUGAAUGCAGUAUGGAUGCAAGUAGGUUUGAUUGAUGUAUCGGUCCUCCCCUGCCUGAUAUGGGGACUCUGUAAAGACAUUACCACAUCCACAAAGACUUGGAGUCUGGAACACUUACUGCCACUUAUGGUAGAUUUUUCCUCUAGUUGGUUGGAGAAUGACCAGGAGACAACUUAAAGACAUUUCCUUUAUGAUUAAAUCACAACACUGUGGGACAUUGUUUUGGGAGAGAAUGAGUCAUCUCUCUUUCAGAAUGCUUAGUGUCUACUUAAUACUUUACUGCCAAGGUUGCCUACUUUUGCUGGUAGGAAAUUGGGCCAUUUUUCUCUUGUACAGGUCUAAUAUUAUCCAAAACAUUGUAAGAGAGAACCAGGUUUUCUUAGUGAAAACUUGUUGUGAAUGCAAGAAAAUAGAAAACAAGUAACUUUUUUCUGAAACGCAACUGACCAAGUGCUCAAUCAAAGGUUUGGAUUCACUGAAACGUCAUUUAAUCGACUGAGAAAUUAUUCUCUUCCUCGUUUAGUUUUUAGUGGAAGAUGCAACGGCUUGACAUUUGCAAAACAAAAAGAGUUGUACAAAGUGUUAUGUAUAUAAACAAAGUGUCCUUUAUUCAACACUAUAUACAGUGUGUGGUAAUUCUGCAGGGUGGAAUUCUAUACGCUCUCCGAGAUGGUAUCGGGACAUGUGAUAUGAAAUGACAGAAUCAACUGUGACAGCUUUUAACGGGAAGCUCCCCGACACUUUCUGAGUUAUGCAAAGGUGUCAAACGUAGGUUUAUAGGAGAGAGAAAUCAGGUACUCAUUCAAAUACUAAUAACAGCUAUUUCCAUUUCUAAUUUAUUUUGAGUUAUCUCAACGAUAGAUGUCCAAGUAAUCUAUAAAUGGACAGAUUUGAUGCUAUAGAGCAAAGUGCUGUUGAAAAUGCCUUCUCAACGAGCACCAGUCAACUUGUUUCAGGAGUUUGUGAUGGCGUGUCGAUUUCAUUCUCUCUUAGGUUUUAAUUUAUUUCAAAAGGAUUUACACGCACACCUUCUGGGGUCUGAUGUAUGUAUGCCUUACGAUCUACUUUACUUGAUAUGUCUUUGUAAAUAGUGAGAAAUUGUGAUGUUUUACCUAAAAAGAAAAUACUUCAGAAUCGUAGUGUUUUUUUUUUCAUGACUAUUGGCUUUAUUAACUUUCCAGGGACCCUAUUCAGUGUCUUGAGUAGGAGUGCAGAAGCCGCUUUCCCGGAAGCAUCUUAAGGCUAAAUUCAUUGUUAGAACCAUAGGAUCCUACGGUUCUAAUGAUGAACUUAUUAGCCUUGAGAUACUUUUGGGAACCCGGCCCUGGUUUAGGAUCAGGUCUCCACUGUUCAUGUAAUCUUAGUCAUUGUAAAAGGCAAACAACUGAUUCUAGAUCAGCACUCUUACGCUGACAUUCUUCAUGAAUACAGGCCCAUUUCUCUAAGUCCUAAGCAUGUUAUACCAGGAGAAUUCGUCUUUGCUGUAUAUAUUUGCACCAACUAUUCCAGCAUGUAUCAUUUGAAUUGAAAAACUGUGCCUGUACUGUCAUUUCCAUACUACUUAAUUCUCACCAUCCCCCAUUGCAGGGUUGUCUUGUCUCGAGACCAACUGCAAAACCUUGAUGCUUUCUUUUCUUUAAUGAAUCAAAAGAGAAACAUUUCCAUUUGAAAGUAAACUAAAUAAAACAACCUUUUUUGA